CCGGAGCCUGCGCGGGGCCGCGGGCGGCGAGCGCGGCCGUGGCAGCGAUGCCGCCUCCGGAGCCCAUGCCCGGCUACGGGACCUUGCUCCGCCGGGGCUACGGGAGCCUGGCCGAGGCCGCCCGGGGCUGCGGGGACUGCGGCUGGGAGCUGGCGAGGCGGACCUGGGCCGAGAACGCUCACCUGGGCUGGGCGGAGGUGCUGCUGUGCGGGCUCUGCGCGCUGGGCUGGACCGCGCUGCGCUGCGCCUGCUCCCGCAGCAUCUUUCGGCCCUUCGGGGAAUGGUGCAACCUGCAGCCAAAAGAUGCUGCCAAGAUGCCCGAGAGUGCCUGGAAGCUGCUUUUCUACACCUUGUCCUGGUCCUACGGCACUUACCUGCUCUUCUUCACCGACUACCCCUUCUUCCACGACCCCCCCUCCGUCUUUUACGGCUGGAAGCAGGGCAUGGAGGUGCCCAGGGACAUCGCCGUGGCGUACCUGCUGCAGGGCAGCUUCUACGGCCACUCCAUCUACGCCACGGCCUACAUGGACACGUGGCGCAAGGACUCGGUGGUGAUGCUGCUGCACCACGUGGUCACCCUCACCCUCAUCGCCUCCUCCUACGCCUUCAGGUACCACAACGUGGGGAUCCUGGUGCUGUUCCUGCACGACAUCAGUGACGUGCAGCUCGAGUUCACCAAGCUCAACGUGUACUUCAAGCACCGGGGGGGGGUCUAUCACCGCCUCAACGACAUCAUCUCCAACGUGGGCUGCCUCACCUUCAGCGUCAGCUGGUUCUGGUUCCGUCUCUACUGGUUCCCCCUCAAGGUCCUCUAUGCCACCUGCUACUCCAGCCUCCAGUCGGUCCCAAACAUCCCCUUCUACUUCUUCUUCAACGCUCUGCUCCUCAUCCUCACCCUGAUGAACAUCUACUGGUUCCUGUACAUCGUCCUGUUCGUGGCCAAGGUGCUGAUGGGGCAGAUGCAGGAGGUGAACGACGUGCGCGAGUACGACGUGGAGGACGCCGGGAAAAGCGCCAGGGCCCGGAAGAGGGAGGCUGGAAUCCAACUGCCCAAGGCUCUGAAGGAAGGGCUGCACCUCAGGAACGGGCUCGUGAAGGACAAGAGGUUGUGAGGGCGGCGUGGCCGUGGCAGCUGCCAGGACCUGGGACCGACCAGGACCCUGCGCUGGGAGCCAGCGAAGGAAAGGCACGAGGAGAACUUCAUCCCUGACCCCCCUCCCUCCCCUGCCCGGAGCCGGGGAACAGAUGCCACUGACAGGAUCGGGCCCCUCCCGGGGGCUGUGACCAGGCUUCCCCUGGUGCUGGGGGUCUCCCCUGGGGCCCCCCUUCAGUUGGGACACUGGUGGCUUUUGCUGGCCCAGGUAGGAUUUGGAGCUGGCUUUGGGUCCCCUGGUGUUCCUCCCGUCGCUCCCGUCCUCAGUCCUGCUGUGAUUCCCCCGACUCUGCUGUUGGACCCUCCCACCGGAGGGAAAAACCUCCUCUCCUGCCCCGGGAAGGGGAGCCCGAAGCCAGCCCUGCUCCAGCCACCGGGUGAGGUGAUGAAGGGCACCCCGAGGUGAUGAAGGGCACCUCGAGGUGAUGAAGGGCACCCCGAGGUGAUGAAGGGCACCUCGGAGCCUUCCUCCUCCUCGGGAGGGGUCACUGGCACGGAGCUGCCCACCCCCGUGUCUGGGGCACUUCCCACGGGCAGCUCUGCCUGGAAAACCAGCCCUGGAGUGUUACUCCAGCCUCCUGUCCCGCCAGGGGAGAGCCAGGAGAGACUUAAUUUGCUUAAGAAGCCUGUGUAGGUCUUAAGAGUCGCUUCAAAAACCAGUCCCAGUCCCUGCUGGAGGUCAAUGGACCCUCCCCCAGCACUGCCCACUCGCUCCAGGGAAGAACAAAGAGUUCCUGCUCCCUGUGUUGGUUUUCCAGGCAGCUCCAGCCUUGGAGGGUCCCCAGGCUGGGCUGGGGGUCCCUGUCCUGGGAAGCCCUGUGGGUUUUAGUCCCUCAGACCGAGCUGUCCCGUUGGUGCCCACCCCCAGCUCCCUGCUGGGGACAGGGUGGUGGAUCCAGGGCGUUAAUUCCAUGUUUUAAUUGCCGGGUUGGUUUUCCCGUGGUUGGUCUGUCAUGGGGACUCGGCUCCGGGCUCGUGGUGUGAGCCAGGGGGGGAAAAUUCCUGUAUGGGGCUGGUGGGAACUGUCCCAGGCUGUGGCAGGACCCGUCACCUCCUCCGGGCAGUGUCCAAGGGGUGUCUCAGUGCCGGGAUUUGCAGGAAAUGAAGGGACCUGCUGUCCCAGGACGGGCCAGAGCAGAGCUGGGACAGGGCAGGAUGGGGGGAAUGAGAGUCCCUGGUCACCACAGGGGGGGAUAAACUCGAUUUUACAGCGUCGGCGGCCAGUUUUUUGGGGGGGUGUGAGGUGACAGCUCUGCUGUGAGGGCCAGGAAGGGACUGGGGGUGUGACAGGGAGGGACACAGGGACCCCUCUGCCCAACUGGGGCAGGGACCCCCCCCCGGGCUGUGUGUCCUGAGGGCAGGGCACUGUGAGGCAAGACUUUGAUGGUUUGAUGUGCUGGGAGUUGAUGGCCUUGAGAGAGAAGCGUGGGGUGC